UUCUUUACAACGAUUGCAAUGUCAUUGUCUUACUCUCGUGGUAAAAUGUACUCGAACAGAACUAAUGUUUAUUUUAUUAAUUCGAGAAGGAAAUUGGCAAGCUAUUUUAGUUAGUUGUAUUUUUUUAAGUUUUUUAAUGUGCAAUAUUAGAUUAAAUAAACGGCAGUAGUCAAAACUAAAUCUAAGCUAAGGAUGGCUUGUUACUUUCGUGACACGGCCAACUGUGAAAUCACUGUACCUAAAUUAAUAGAGUCAGCCUCUGUCACCUACUAUGACAUAAAAGUUCGGGUGGGCACUGUGGAAUGGUUUGUGGAGCGUCGCUACAAAGAUUUCGAUAGUUUAAACGAGAAACUUAUUGAGGAGACGGGUAUUUCCAAGAAGCUGUUACCUCCCAAACGGAUUGUCGGCAAUAAAAAUCCAAAAUUUCUGGAAGAACGGAGAAAACAACUGGAGCAGUACCUGAAGGAAGUUUUAGUGUUCUUUCGGGCCCAAUUGCCGAAGGUUUUGGCCGAUUUCUUAGAAUUUAAUAAGUAUGACAUCGUUUACCUCUUACAAGACCUGUCAAAACUUUUCAGCGAGAGUGGCGAGGCAUUGCUUAGUAUAAAAAAGGAAUACCAUUUCUCCGCAUUGGAGGUAUACGCCAUAAGUGAACGUCUGCAUUUACCAUGUCCUCCCGAGAGUAACAGAGGGAAAUAUGAUUUUUCGCACGUUUUAGAUUUUAGUACUCAAUUAGAGGCAAUACAAAUUAUGCCUGUGAAGGAUGACGCAGUUGGAAGCGAUUAUAAUGCGGUCGAUGUUCCAAUUGGGCGCAGCAAUAUAAUUCCAAAGAAUCUCAAAUUUAAUCUGAACGCGUUUCGCAGCCUUAAAUGCUUAAAAAUAUACGCGCUUCCUUCAGAAAACAUCAUCGAUAUUGGAUUACUAAAGCCAUCUCUGGAGAAAAUAUGUGUUCAUAAUACUACGAUAACUUCCAUAAAUCAGGUUCUAAUGUGCGAUAAUGUUCACAAGAACACAACAAUUGACAUUCCUUCGAGCGAAGACAUUAAACUAAAUAGAUCUGCAUCGCCGGCCAAGUCCACACCAAUAGCUACAAAUCGAAUAUGGCGUGAUAUUGUCGAACUAGACUUUACAAGCAAUCUACUCACCCACAUCGAUGAAUCAAUUCGAACGACGCCACAGAUAAAAACUUUAGUAUUGCAGCAAAAUCGUUUGAGAAAUAUUAAAAAUUUGUCGGUCUUGCCGCAUUUGCAAUUUUUGAACUUGUCCAUAAAUUUAAUAACGGAAGUUGCAGAUUGGCACUUGGAAUUGGGCAAUUUGGUAACGCUGAACUUGGCCCAGAACAAGAUCAAAAACAUCAAAGGAUUAAGAAAGCUGCUUUCUCUUGUUAAUUUAGAUUUGAGCUGUAAUCUUAUCGAUGAACUGGAAGAAGUUGACCAUAUUGCAUGUCUACCAUUGUUGGAAACAUUAAGAUUGACGGGAAAUCCUCUGGCCAGCAGCGUAGACUAUCGACCUCGAGUCCUGUCCAGAUUUCACGAUCGUGCUUCCGAAAUUGUGUUGGACAGUGAGAAAGGCACACAGCAGGAAUUAGAUACUGCAUUAGUAUUAUCAGCCAUUCUUAUCUCUAAACUGCGACAAAAGCCUCAGCAGUAGUAGUAUUGGUAGAUCCGCUUAAAUAAUUUGAUAUUCAGUUGUAGUAAAUUUGAGAAGACUACACAAAGAUGAUUAUUUAUUAUUAUUUUUUCUUUUAUUAUUUUUAUGUUGUGUUUAUAUCAAUUUUGUUUUUAUGUAUGUAUGUAUAUACGCUUUCAUAGUAAGUGCUGAUGUAUCUUAUUUCUUAUUUCUGUGCGAUGUAUAUCUAUAGAUAUCUGUGUUAAAAUUUGUCCCAUCUUUAGCGUUUGCGUUCCAAUAAAACUUGAAUAUUUUUAUUUUCCA